CCAACAUGUGCCAAAUCUACAGAUGACGGGCUCGAGAGGAACGCUGCACCCAAAGUCCUUGGAGCAUACGAAAGGGACCAGGAAUUAUGCGGUGCACUGUGAGUGUGACAUCGUGCGUGACACGUGGGUUACAAAGCCGCACAGUACAGCAUGCAGCCGUAUCACACUGUCUUCUGAACUGAAAAUGAAAGUCAGCCCUUUCCAGUCUCCCAGUCACACUGCAUCUACUUGCAUGUAUCUGUUACCUGUUGAGCGGACAGUACACGACACUGCACCGCGCGUCCCCAGUUCAGCGCAGAGGCGAAUUGGAGGAAGUCCAGUGAUUUCGUGAUCGGCGAGAAGAGGAUACUACUUACUAGUGAUCUGCUGGAAUCUAAUUUCAAAUUUGGACUUCACGGAGAAUUUCAAAGUAUUAGGAAAAUAAAGAGCAGUAAGAAGGCAUGUGGCCUCUAAUUUCCUAAUACUGCUAGAAUCUAGACCAGACUAGGCCCACCAAGAAGCCCGCAUAGCGUCCUCAGACUCUCACAAAGCUCUGUUGUGAAGCGGUUGAAGCAGACGGGGUAGCUUCACCUCACGCCUCAACUCGGCUCAAGCCGAUCAGGGUGGUACGUCUAUUGCAGGUGUGACCUGGUUCAACACUGUACUGGGAGUCCCGCACGUUGCAGACCUUAGCUCUUCCAUCAGCACAACUCGGGAUAGCUGCGUGAGGGGGGCAAGAUGGAGAUGUCUGUAGGGCGUAGAGAAAAGGUCAGCGGUCCAGCUCGUGCCCAAGGAAAGAGGAGUUCGGGCACAACGAUACGACUCCUGUUCAGAAUCCUGCCGAGCGCGGAGCGCGGCUUUCUAUCUCUGCACUCUCUCCUACUGUGCAUAUUAGGUGUAUCGCUGGUCACUCUGCUGUUGCUGGCUGCGUUAGUUCAACCCGCUCAGCGCAAAGCGAAACUGGAAGCGAACAGUUUGAGUGAGCUCCGCGCGGCACAGCGCAAGUUGGAACUAACGGGCAGCGACGGAGACGACAUCUUCGAGUUCGUGGAGAAAACUCUGAAUCGCAUACGCAAGGCGAAGCAGCAGGAGCUGGCGGAUCGUCAGGACGCAGAGGUAGCAGCAACAGAUGAGCCGCCCACCGCGUUAUCACCGGAUGGACUGGGAGUCGAACACAGGCUCGUUGUGAUGCCGGAUGCGGAGAGUUUGCGCGCAGGAUUGAGCCUGGACAACUCGACAGACGCCACCGCUGGCAAUCGUACGCUGAACCCUGGCCUAGAGAAAAUAUCAUCUAUCCGAGCAAGCGAUUUGGGUGGUGCUGACAACAGGAAGGGCAGAGAUCCUGCUGCUCCCGCUGCUGCUGCUGGUGGUGGCAGUGGUGGUGGUGUCGGUGUCGGUGGUAACGGUGAAUCGACAGUUGCCAGUCCGGUAGGCACACGUCCACCAUUUCUCUGGCCCUACCAAGAAGAAAGCGAACUGGCGCAGAACUUCACUGACGCCGAAUGGGAUCAUUUCGAUAUGGCCAUGCAGCAACGCGUGUACAAAUUGAAUCGCACGUACUUCGUACCGGACACCGUGCCAUUCCGCUGCUUAGACUCACGUGCCUGGACGCGGAACUGCUACAAGACGUGCGCAUCGGGCAAGGGACGCGUGCCUCGCCUGGUCCACUUCAUGCAGGUGGGAGACAACAUGAAGUUCCUGCACUGGCUGUCCGUGAUGUCUGCAAUUCGCUUCAUCCGCCCCGACCUGGUCAUCGUUCACUACAUGGGCCGGCAGACGACAUGCUGGGCACGGCGCAUCAAGGCACAUCCGCUGGUCGUGUUUCAGCCGAUGAGCACCAGCCUGGUGCCCCAUGCCCUGAAUCACGCCAACAUCAGCGAGCUGGCGCACCAAGCGGACUUCCUGCGACUGACGCUACUCUGGCAAUACGGCGGCAUCUACAUGGACUUUGACGCGCUGAUCACAAAGUCGUUCGACCCGCUGAUGUUCCAGGAGGCUGUGGUGUCCUAUCAGAUCUCGCAGGAGAUGGGCAACGGGCUGAUGGUGUCGCGGCCGCGCAGCUGCUUCAUCUGCGGGUACGCGCGGCGCGCCUGCCACAACUUUGAUGGGCGCUGGACUACACACUCGGUGUGGACGCUGACGCGCAUGGUCCGCUUCGAGGAGCACAUCUUCCCCGAGGUGAAGGUGCUGAAGGCCGCGGACGGGUUCUUCCCGUUUUGCUACACGCCCGAGUACCUGGACCGUCUGUUCAACUACGACGUGGAGCAGAUCGGGUUCUCGCCGACGCAGGUGUUUGCACUCCACCUCUACAACAAGAUGUCCGAGCACUUCUCCGAAAAGAUCUCCUACGACUGGAUCGUGAUGCAGCGCAGUCCCGUUGCCGUAGUCUCCAAGAGAAUCCUGCCGUAUGGCUUCCAACGUGAACACAUGGACGAGGGGCGAUGUCUGCCCGUUCCUUUGGUCGUACCUGACUAGAUAUACUAGGGACCCCCCCCCCCACAGAGAAUUCUGCAGUAUGGCUUCCAGCGCGAGCACAUGGACGAGGGGCACCAUCUGCCCGUUCCUUUGGCCGGGCCUGACUAGAAAUACUUGGGGGCGUCCCCCGAUGAACUUCCCAGCACACGCCUGUAACGAUCACAAAUGGGGAAAUCCCCUGUGAGAUUCCAAGCAGAUCAAGGCCGGAGUGGCUUUGGUGCGACUCUCUGAUGCCGAUCGAAGGUCUGGAACUGAUCCACAGCAAGGUUGCCCUGGCUUCAUCCCCUCUAUGUCCAGAAAGAUAAGGUGGCAUGUUGUCUUGCAAGAAUCUGUUCUGCGUUAAUUGCAAAAUUCACUGCAAGUGCAGCUUGGAACUAAUUUUAUUUGCUGUAUACCCUGAGAUAAGUUACAUCGUGACACUGGCUCGAAGAGAUCGUUAUCAUUCUAUUCACAAUCCUCAUAGUAGUGAAUGGCUACCAACUACGUGCAACUACGUGCACCUGCUCUCCCGUUCACUCACUCAUUCUCUCUGUCUCUCUGUCUCUGUCUCUCUCUCUCUCUGUCUCUCUGUCUCUCUGUCUCUCUGUCUCUCUGUCUCUCUGUCUCUCUGUCUCUCUGUCUCUCUCUCUGUCUCUCUCUCUGUCUCUCUCUCUGUCUCUCUCUCUGUCUCUCUCUCUCUCUCUCUCUCUCUCUCUCUCUCUCUCUCUCUCUCUCUCUCUCUCUCUCUCUCUCUCUCUCUCUCUCUCUCUCUCUCUCUCUCUCUCUCUCUCUCUCUCUCUCUCUCUCUCUCACUCUCUCUCUCACUCACUCACUCACUCA